AUGCCAACCUUGGGUACAAAGCGCAUCAAACGAGUCAUCGUCUACGGCCAGUUGUUCGUGCUUCUUUCGGCUUUUACAUCGAUUUAUUGGCAGAUCCAUGGUAAAUUUAAAUUGUUUUGUUGAAAAGUUAGGUAAUCGAUUACCUUAUAGGCUUAUUCGGUGAACGCGGACUGUUGCCAGUGGCUCCAAUGCUAGAAUGUGGUAUGUUUACGUUUGAUCGCCGAUGAUAACGCUUUCGCGCCGACAUCGAUUUUAUUUUUAUAUUCACGCAAUCACGCCACGAAACUGAUCAAUGAUAGCGAGUGACCGGCGUCAUUCAAAGUCCAAAUCCCUUCGACAGCUCGAGAGCAGCAUCGGCUUUUCUGCGUGCGUGCAAUUCCCGAACUCUUCUCUCUCGCGCUUCAUUGCUUUCUCUCUUCUUUUUCAUCGGCAUGUUUCUUCAGUAAACUGCAUAGAACUUCCUCAGUUCACCCCACGACCGUGUUGAUUGUGUUUACGCGCGCAAUUUCACGUUGCCUCCCUCUCUCUCUCUCUCUCUCUCUCUCUCUCUCUCUCUCUCUCUCUCUCUUUCUCUUUCUCUUUCUCUUUCUCUCUUUCAAAGAACAGUUUAGCGGCGGCGAUAGGACAAAGAAGUCAAGUCAGGGCUUUGAAUUUGUCAAGUUCAACCACGUCAUCAACUACUAAAGUUCUACUUUUCAGAAGAAGAAAGUAUCUUCCGAUGCCGUCUCCCGCUUCUUCGCCUCGUUUGCAACGUCUUCAGCUUCUCGCCGGCUGUUGGUUUGCAGUUUUUGGCCCUCGUUGGAAUCAUUCUCUCGAUCUAUGCAAUUCACCACACGAACUGCCAAAACAUCCUCGUUUUCUUGGCUCUCUUCUUUCUCUACCGAACAAUUUAUGAGGUAAAAACUGAGAAAUAAACUUGAAAACAAUUGAUUUCAGGCUGGUGGUGUGUUCAUGUACUAUCAAUGGGAUGCCCUGCUCCUCGAGUCAACCGUCUAUGUCGCGAUUCUGGCUUGGUUUGAGGAUGGACCCGCUGACUCGGUGGCCAUGUACAAUAUUGUCGUUUUGCUCCUCCGAGUGACCUUUAUGAAUGGAGUUACCAAGUUUUUGAGCAAAUGUCCCACUUGGUACAAUCUGACGGGUUCGUUACUGAUUGAUGUGUGAUCGCAAUUGGAAUUCGUAACUUUUCAGCGAUGGACUAUCAUUUCGAGACGCAACCCCUUCCGACCCCGUUCGCGUGGUACGCUCAUCAUUUCCCGCCGUUCUUCCGACAGCUAGUGACGCUUCUCACCGCCUACAUUGAAAUAAUUCUGCCGCCUCUCUUUUUGAUCCCAGUGAUCCAAGUCCGCUAUUUUGUCUUUUUCUGUCAGGUAUUGUCAUCUUCAGGGGGAUGGUCGAAAAUGAUCUCAAAGUUCAGGUUCUUCUCACCACCCUCAACGUCUUCACCGCCAACGUUGGCUUUUUCAAUUUCAACAUUCUUGUCUUGUUGGUCAGUCUGCUAGAUACGCCGCGCGUGGCUUUUGGUAGCAGUGUACUGGCUGGAUUUGUGUUUGCGCGACUUGGAUAUGAUAUCUACUACCGUCUUCCGUGGAAGUUCACACUGCAACAAGACAGUGGUCCUACUCUGGCUCUCUGUAAGUUUCGCAAUAACUGAAAACGUUACUAUGUAAAAUGUGUACUAUUUUCAGCGAUCACUCACGAUAAGUUCAAGGAAUUCCUGGCCUUCUACAUCGACCUCAUCAUCAUGUUUAUAGGAAUUCUCUUCCUACUCGUCCUCGGGUAUUCCUUCAUCAAGUGAGCCCUAGUUUGAAAACCAAAUAAUCCGAUUUCCUUUCAGAGGACUAAUAGUUCCGCAUCGAGUCAAAAAAGUGGCUCACAUGGCAUUUGUGGUUGUCACGUCCAUCCUUCUCAUCUGCUAUGGAAUGAUCCCUCUGCUCCGACUAGAUGAGAAAUUGGCUGCGAGGACAACGGAAAACCCGCUCAUUAUGCAAUAUUAUAAAUCUGCCAACAGUUGGGGACUCGCCAAUUUUUAUGGUUCCUACAAGCAGUUAGUCAACAGUUUUCAGCUCUUUGAAAUAUUGUCUUAUCCUGCAGGAUGACAACGUUUGGAAAGCCGGAAAUUAUUAUCGAGGGAGCACACGCUAUUGAAGGACCAUGGAAAGAGUUCCAAUUCUCGUCGAAGCCAGGAGACAUCUCGAAACGUCCCAAAUUUAUUGGUAUGUAACCGAAUUUGCUCGAAAUUUUAAGUCGAAUUCUUGCAGCCCCUCACCAACCUCGUCUCGAUUGGCAACUCACCCUAGCUGCAGAGGGAACCUAUCAACAGAACCCGUUCUUCAUGUCCCUCGUCUACCAUUUACUCCAGAACACUACGGAAGUGGUAAACCUGAUCGAGAAUUAUCCGUUCCAAAAUCGAUCAGAACCGUUGACCUUCGUCAGGGCCAAACUCUACAUGUACCAUUUCACGAACAUUGGAGAAAAGUGAGUGUUUUUUCAGGGAAAAAUCGUUAUUCUUCUCUCUGCAGACACUGGUGGAGUCGUGACUUCCAAGAGGAGUACAUGCCUCCAUACAACAAAGGAAACGAAGCGCUGCGUGACUACCUGCGAGAACAUCGAAUCCUCACCAAGUCGAAAUCACCAUUUGUGAAUGGACCACUCGGAAAGACCCUCAAAACGGGACACCGUAUCACCUCCCGCAUCGACCACCUUCUCUUUGUAGUUGGAAUGCUUACUUUGGUCUUUGUGACACGAAUCCAUCGAAUGUAUUCCAAUCACGAAGUCCACGAAAACUAG